CGGGCGCCCCCGCGAGUUGCCCGGGGCCGCGCCACCGAGUCCUAGGGGUUUGUCGUGGGGCUCGCGGAGUCCUUGUUUGACCUCCGGAUUGGGAGGAGGGAGCCGUAUUCUGGCCCCCGCUGUGGCCCUGCCUCGCUUUCGAAACCCGGCAAGUCUUUUCCCGCUGUAGACCUCGGCCUCCCUAGCUGAUAAAAACUUGCUAACCUCCUUCCGGCUCUGUUUGAAAUUGGAUUCCAGGGAGUGGAGUCCUUGAAUUCCGGGGGCGUGGCUAGAGGGGCGGAGCCUGUGGGCGUCCUGGAGAUGAUGCCUAGCAACGUCAGGGGCGGGUGCCGGGAGGCAAGUGAGGGCCGCGAGGGAGCCCGCCCAGGCCCGGAGGUCCUCCUGGAAGGGGCCUCAUGACAGAGUCCAGAGAGAAUGCUCUGGGGCUUGAUCAGGCUCCCUCACAGCACAUCCCAAAGCCAUGGGUGAUUCCAGUGCCAAAGGGGACCCUACAGCACAUCUUCGGGACCAGCCAGGUGUUCCGGAACUUUGAUGAUAUAAAACCAAAGGCUGCAGGGUUAACGGUGCCCCUCAAAGUCAGGGAGUACUACCAUCGAGGCCAUCAGUGCUUGGAGCAAGAAGACUGGGAGGUGGCCGUGCUGUUCUUCUCCCGUGGCCUCCACCUGGACUCCCAGCUGGUAGAAUUCUAUGCCUUGAGAGCCGAGGCCUACAUCCAGCUCUGCGACUUUUCCUCGGCCGCCCAGAACCUUCGAAAGGCCUACUCCUCCCAGCCAGAGAACACGGACUUCCUGGAGCGGCUCACCUUGGUGCUUUACCUGAAGGGCCAGUGCCUUUUCGAGCAAUGCGCCUUUCUGGAUGCCCUGAACGUCUUCUCUCAAGCCUCUGAGCUCCAGCCUGAGAAAUUCUGCUUCCGUUAUCGAUGCAUGGCCUGUCUCCUGGCCCUCAAACGGCAUCGUGAAUGCCUCUCAUUCGUCACCAAGGAGGUGGAGCAUGGCACCGCCAAUGCCGAUGUCUACAUCCUCCGGGCCAGGCUCUACAACUUCUUCCAGCAGCCCAGCCUCUGCCAUCGAGACCUGCACAGUGCCUUGCUACUGGAUCCCAGGCACCCACAGGCCAAGGUGCUGCUCAAGGUGCUGGUGGGCCAGGCCCAAGAGGCACGCCAAGAAGCCGGCGUCCUAGCCGUGCAGGGCAAGCUGCACCAUGCGCUGCAGUGUAUCAACUGUGCCAUCGAGAACAGCCCUCUGGACCCCAGCCUCUUCCUCUUCCGGGGCAUUAUGCACCGACGGCUCCGGGAGUUUGACUCCGCCGUGGAGGACUUCCUGAAGGCGUUGGACAUGAUGACCGAGCACCAGGAGGACCUGGUGCAGCAGGCGCAGCGCCAACUGCUGUUGGCCUACGACGACUUGGCCGUGCACUGCUACCUGCAGGGCGCCUACCAGGAGAGCGUGCUGCUGCUCAGCAAGGCGCUCAAGGACGAGCAGCGGGAGAAAGGCCUCUACAUCAACCGCGGGGAUUGCUUCUUCCAACUGGGCAACCUGACCUUUGCUGAGGCGGACUACCAGCAGGCGCUGGCGCUGAGUCCGAAGGACGAGGGCGCCCACUUGCGCAUGGACCUACUGCAGGAGAAGUUGGGCUUCUGCGAGCAGAGGAGAAGGCAGUUCCAGAAGACAGAGAACCACUUCUCAAUGGCCAUCCAGCACAACCCCCAGAAGCCCCAGUACUACCUGUACCGCACCAGGAGCAGGCAGCUCACGCAGAACACUUCUGGGGCCCGCCAGGAUGUUGCCACUGUCCUGCUCCUUGACCCCAAACAACCGAAGCUGCUGCCACUGAUGGCCAACCUCUUCCCCGGCCUGUCAGUGGAGGAGCUGCUUAACAGCCAGGUGGCCCACCUGGCCAGGCUGCAGCUGGAGCGGGUGGUGGAGCACAGCCUGCAGGCCGGCACCCCUCAGGAUAUCGUGGGGUGGCUCAAGGAGCGGGAACUAGAGCGCCAGAGGGCCCGGGCCCUGCAGCUUUCGUGGAAGCUGGAGCAGCCUUUGUUCGAGACGUCCAAAGAGCUGGAGGCCACUCACCAGUCCCUGCAGGCACAGCCAGAAGGCCCAGAGGAAGAAGCCAAGGCCCCCGGGGAGAAGGAGAAGCUGGAGCCGGCCCCCAGCAAGGAGAGGUCCUUGACCGACGGCUACAUCAGCCAGACCUCUUCAGGCUCCAUCUUGGGCUUCAGGACCACGUCCACCUCAGAAACGGAGACGUCCACUGUCUGCCAGGAAUACGGGAGCACUUCGACCACUGUUGUAACAUUCUCUGACUCCUCACCACUAAGGACACAGUCCUCAGACUCCAGGGACAAGAGGGAAGACCUAAGCCUGAGCCACAGCCCCAGAAAAACCAAGUCCACCCCAGGCCACAGCCAGAGGCCCAGCGAGCCUGAGACCAUCCAGGUCCAGAGCCAGAGGCCCAGCAGGACCGAGGCCGCCCUGAGCCAGAGCCAGAGGCCCAGCAGGACCGAGGCCAUCCAGGUCCAGAGCCAGAGGCCCAGCAGGACCGAGGCCGACCAGAUCCAGAGCCAGAGGCCCAGCAGGACCGAGGCCGACCAGAUCCAGAGCUGGAGGCCCAGCGAGCCCGAGGCCGACCAGGUCCAGAGCCAGAGGCCCAGUGAGCCCGAGGCCAUCCAGGUCCAGAGCCAGAGGCCCAGCAGGACCGAGGCCAUCUGGGUCCAGAGCCAGAGGCCCAGCAGGACCGAGGCCGACCAGAUCCAGAGCCAGAGGCCCAGCAGGACCGAGGCCGACCAGAUCCAGAGCCGGAGGCCCAGCAGGACCGAGGCCAUCUGGGUCCAGAGCCAGAGGCCCAGCAGGACCGAGGCCGACCAGGUCCAGAGCCAGAGGCCCAGCAGGACGGAGGCCGACCAGAUCCAGAGCCGGAGGCCCAGCAGGACCAAGGCCAUCUGGGUCCAGAGCCAGAGGCCCAGCAGGACCGAGGCCGACCAGAUCCAGAGCCGGAGGCCCAGCAGGACCGAGGCCGCCCUGAGCCACAGCCAGAGGCCCAGCAGGACCGAGGCCGCCCUGAGCCAGAGCCAGAGGCCCAGCAGGACCGAGGCCGACCAGAUCCAGAGCCGGAGGCCCAGCAGGACCGAGGCCGCCUGGAGCCAGAGCCGGAGGCCCAGCAGGACCGAGGCCGACCAGAUCCAGAGCCAGAGGCCCAGCAGGACCGAGGCCGACCAGAUCCAGAGCCGGAGGCCCAGCAGGACCGAGGCCACCUGGGUCCAGAGCCAGAGGCCCAGCAGGACCAAGGCCGCCCUGAGCCAGAGCCGGAGGCCCAGCAGGACCGAGGCCAUCUGGGUCCAGAGCCAGAGGCCCAGCAGGACCGAGGCCAUCUGGGUCCAGAGCCAGAGGCCCAGCAGGACCGAGGCCAUCUGGGUCCAGAGCCAGAGGCCCAGCAGGACCGAGGCCAUCUGGGUCCAGAGCCAGAGGCCCAACAGGACCGAGGCCAUCUGGGUCCAGAGCCAGAGGCCCAGCAGGACCGAGGCCGCCUGGAGCCCAAGGCGAAAGCUCGACAAGACUAAGGCCACCCAGGGCUCAAGGCAGAGGCUCAGAAAGGCCAAGGGUGCCCAUGGCCAGAACUGGAGACCCAGAAAGGCUGGUGCCACCCAGGACUGGAGCUGGAGACUGAUCCAAAGUCCCAGCAAGAUCAAGACUUUCUAUGACCCAAGUUGGAGCCCCUGCAACACCGAGGCCACUGAGGGCCAGGGCCAGAGCCAGAGGCCCAGCCAGUCCAAGGCUGCCCAGAGCUGGAGCCAGAGCACAAGUCCAGGUUCCGGCAGGACCAAGGUCACCUGGGGACUGAGCCCAAGUCUCAGCAACACGCAGACCACCCAGGGCCUGAGACAGAACCCCAGCCCCAGCAGUCAGGCUGCUGUCUGAAGGGGCCGCUCGGCCCCUUCACUUCUUGCUGGGCUGCGGGCGAUUCUGCCCCUACCACUGCCCACUCAGCAAGGCAGCCUCCUCCAGAGCAAUGAGAACCUCAGCCAGCAUUCCUCUGGUCCCGUGGCUAAAUUUAUUCCUCUGGUCCCAUGGCUAAAUUUAUUGUAUUUGUUCUCUUCGUUUACAAAAUUAAAAACUUGAA